AUAAUGGAAACAAACAGAUCACAGGUGGCUGCAUUUGUUCUCACAGGACUUACAGAUAUUCCAGAGCUUCAGAUCCCCCUGUUCGUGCUUUUCUUGGUAAUCUACCUCAUCACUAUGGUGGGCAACCUUGGACUUAUUUAUCUCAUUUGGAAGAACCCCCACCUUCACACCCCCAUGUACUUAUUCCUGGGCAGUUUAGCCUUUGCAGAUGCUUGGUCUUCCUCCUCUGUGACUCCAAAAGUGCUUGUGAAUCUCUUGUCUAAGAUUCACAUGAUCUCCUUGGUUGAAUGUUUCACCCAAUUUUAUGUUUUUGCUUUCAGUGCUACCACAGAAUGUUUUCUCCUUGUAGUGAUGGCUUAUGACCGCUAUGUAGCCAUUUGCAACCCUUUGCUUUAUCCAGUGAUGAUGUCCAACAGAGUUUGUACUCGGUUGAUAAGUGUAUCAUAUAUAAUUGGUUUUCUGCAUCCCAUAGUUCAUGUAGGAUUGCUAUUCAGGUUAACCUUCUGCAGAUCCAAUAUAAUACAUCACUUCUACUGUGAAAUCUUGCCACUUUUUACAAUUUCUUGCACAGACCCAUCUAUUAAUGCAUCAGUACUUUUUAUAUUCUCAGCUUCUAUACAAGCUUUUACUUUUAUGACCAUCUUAAUUUCCUAUACCCGGGUCCUCUUUGCCGUCCUGAAAAAGAAGACUGAAAGGGGCAGAAGUAAAGCUUUUUCUACAUGCAGUGCCCAUCUCCUCUCUGUUACUUUGUUCUAUGGUACUCUUUUUUUCAUGUAUGUACGUCCUGGGUCAGGUCCGGAUCAGUAUCAGGAUAAGAUGUAUUCUCUAUUCUACACAAUUAUAAUCCCUCUGCUGAACCCUUUUAUUUAUAGCCUAAGGAAUAAAGAAGUUUUAGGAUCUCUAAGAAAAUUGACAAAGCAAUAA